CCUCAACCCAACUCAAUUCUUCUUUCUUCCUCCUUCCUGUUCCUUUUUCUUUGCUUUGAUCUUUUGGGUCUUCAAUCUUCAAUCUUGAUUCUUGAAUUGGAGCAAUGGGCAUGGCCACAGAGUCACAGUUUCAUGUCUUGGCUGUUGAUGAUAGCCUCAUAGACAGAAAACUCAUUGAGAGGCUCCUCAAGACCUCAUCAUAUCAAGUUACUACGGUUGAUUCUGGUAACAAGGCUUUAAAAUUUCUGGGCUUGCAAGAAGAUGACCAGACCAACCCAAAUCAUCAACCUUCUUUUUCUCCAAACAAUAAUCAGGAAGUGGAAGUGAAUCUGAUUAUUACAGACUAUUGUAUGCCUGGAAUGACAGGCUAUGAUUUACUCAAGAAAAUUAAGGAAUCUUCAUCUCUGAAAAAUAUACCAGUGGUGAUUAUGUCAUCUGAGAAUGUUCCUGCAAGAAUAAACAGAUGCUUAGAAGAAGGAGCUGAAGAGUUUUUUCUCAAACCAGUGAGAUUAGCAGAUGUUAGCAAGCUUAAAACCCAUAUGUUGAAAACCAAAUUUAAAAAUCAUCAAAAGCAAGAAAGUCAAGAAUCAUCAGAAACAGAAGAAGAGGAUCAACAAGAAGAUAUACAACAACAACAACAACAACAAUCAUCCAACAAUAACAAGCGGAAAGCUAUGGAAGAAGGGCUUUCAACAGAUAGAACAAGACCCAGAUACAGUGGCCUCACUGUGGUCUAAUAAAUUUUGGCAAUUUUUUUCCCCCCCACUUAGUUUGACAAUCAAAUUCUCAUAAUUUUUUUUUUUCUUUUUCACUUUUGUGUUUGCUGGUUUUAGAAAUAGUGUUGGUUAAUAUAUACAAGAUGAAGAGGAAUGUAGAGAGAGAACAAGAGAGAUUCAUCAUAUGAGAGAUCUGUACACAAUUUACUUGAAAAUAUUUCAGUCCAAUUUUGUUUUUGCUGAUAUUAAAAGAAAAUAUUUUUAAAAAAUGAACGUAUUUAGCCAAACCUUAACGAAGUUGCAACCGUAUUUAGCCAAACAUUAACAAAGUCGUGCAUCAUUAAUAAGUUGUGACCAAAGUUGUAACCGUAUUUAGCCGAACAUUAACAAAGUUGUGCAUCAUUAAUAAGUUGUGACCGUA